CGCACCACGAAGUGGGCUGACGCUUCGCGAACAAGACAUCAGCCUCAGCUGUAAUAGCCAUCCUCGUCAGAUCACCACCACUUCAACCUCGAGACCUCACACAUCAGUAUGGGCGGCGGCAUCUCGACCAACGGCGACCUCUCGCAGAUGAUUGCGUGCACGAUGCUGAUUGGCGAAGCCAUGUUUCAAGGCCUGGACCCGCGCUACGUUCGAUUUCCCGACAUGUAUCGGCUGUACGACUUUCACGUGGGCAAAACCAAGUUUCGCACGUACAAACCGGGGGGUACCACGUACGUCGUGUUCAACGCGGAUGGAUCGUCCGGCGUGAUCGACCGAGUGACUGGCGCGCCGCCCCCCGAGGCCGAGGACCCCCCCCGAGCCAACGACGUCAUUGACGAGAACGAUACGUCCAAGUACCUGGUCGUGAAUGUCGGCGAUGAUCGGGUGGUUCUAGACCUAGCCACGAUCAACACCCCCAACAAGGACGGGUGGACCCCGUUACAUGCGAGUUGCCACACACUUAACGCCGUGGACGCUGGCAAAGCCAUCUUGAAAGCCAUCUUGGCGCAAGACCCGUCGGCCGACUUGAACGUCAAAACUAGUCGCGGCCCGGGGUCGUUCUCCAGCGGCUACACGCCUCUCCACAUUGCAUGCGCGUAUGGCAUGGAGGCAUUGGUGGUCAAGCUGAUCAAAGCCAGUGCAGACGUCCACGUCACGAACGACGUGCACUGGUCGCCCCUUCACGAAGCUUGUCAUCGCGGGUACACGUCGAUCGUCAAAGAGCUCUUGCGCGCUGGCGCCAAGCAUGACGUGGCAUGCCCAGAGUUCGCGCUGUGUCCGUUUCCUGGUCAAACCCCCCUGGGGGAAGCCGCGCGUCAAGGUCAUUUGGACACAGUCAAGCUGUUGUUGGACCAUGGGGCGGACAAGGACGGCACGAACGCCAUCCACUGGACAGCAUUGCACGAAGCCGCGUACCACAACCGCAGCGACGUGGUGCGGAUGCUCGUCGUGUACGGUGCAGACGUGUUGAUCAAGACACAUCGCGGAGCCAAAGCGAGCGACUUGACUAUUUCGUGCGAGAUUAAAACCAUGCUGGACGACAUGGCGAGUCACGCGAACGACGACGACAAGGCGAGUCGCACACAAGUCCCCACCACCAACAACAACCACGCUGUCAACUCGAAUCCUGGCGACAGCAGCAGUCCCCCCAAGGCUAAAGGUGGUAGUCCGGGUAAAAUCAAAGGCGACAGCAGCACCAGUCCAUCCCGUUCUUCUGAAGCGGACGGAGGGGGCGGUGUAAAGGUGGGGCCAUUGAGCCGCAAAGAGGACUUUGCGUUGUUGGGGGACUUGCCCGCAUUGCAGCGACUGCACGUCCCCGCCGAGGCGGAUCAAGUCAAAGACGGGGGCAAAGCGCACAAGCCGAAAAAGUCGUCCAAACGAAAGCAGUCCAAGGAGGAGGCGGUGCCGGCCGAGUUCAAAUGCGCGAUCACACACAAAUUGCUUGUGGAUCCAGUCAAGUCCCCGUAUGGUCACGUGUUUGAGCGCAGUGUGAUUGAAAAGUGGAUUCAGGACUACGGACACCGCUGCCCCAUCAGCGGGGAGCCCCUCGGACUCGCCCAACUCACCCCCCAGGUCCAGUUGAAAGACGAUAUUGCCAGUUGGAACGCCCCUCCGUUGGUGAUGGGGACGGCAAGUCCGAAGAAGGACGCCCAAGCCAAAGCUGAAGGGGCGAGUAGAAUGAACAGCGACGUCAAGGGGGACGAUGAUGUCAAAGGCAACGGCGGCGACGAGAAUACACCCGCUCUGGACGACGACGACUUGUAUGCGUUUUAGAACCAGACUGUGUCUAUGAAUACACAUAAUGCAAAAGUAAAAGCAACCAGCA